UUCGUGCAUGCACCGCAGCCGGAGUAGCUAGCCCAUCCUAGGAGCGCACGACAACGCCCAGCCCACCAUGCACUCCGCCGACGAGCCCGUGUCUGUCCCCGCCGUGAGCACUACGGCGGCAGCGGAGGACGGCGGCAAGAGCCAGGUGUCGCCGUCGAUGGAGGAGGAGCGGCAGAUCCCCGUGGACCCGGUCUCUCUGCGGCACCUGGGCAUGGUGGCCGACCCGGACUCGCCGCUCUCCGCGCCGUCCGUGCUCACGGAGGUGGUCGCGCAGUCGUCCCCGCUCCUGCCGCCGCUGCGCCGGCCCACGUUCGUCGGGGCCAGCCAGCCGUGCUCCGCGACCUCCUCCCCGGUCCACAGCGCCACGGCCAAGCGGGACGAGCCCGCCGCGCCCAGCCUCGCCACGGUCACCGCCCUGCGCUCCCUCGCGCGGCAGCACUCCGCCGCGCUCGCCAGCUACGCCGCCUCGCCGUCGGCGGCUCCCACCACGCUCUCGAGGAGCGCGUCCCGCGCCGAGGGCAGGUCCAUGGCGCCGCACGACGACGAGGUCCCCGUCCCCUACGUCGAGUCUGCAGACGAGGACGAGCAAAGCUUCACGUGCGGCGUGCUGUGCAUGUUCAUCCCGGGCUUCGCAAAGAAGAAGCCGGGGUCGCCCUCCGCGGCGGCCGUCAUGUCGAGCAUACAGAGGCAGCAUUCCGGGGCGAGGCGGCGGAGCAGCGUGUCGCGGAUGGCGGAGCUGGAGAGGUUCGAGUGCGGGUCGUGGAGCCCGCCACCGCCGCCGCAUCCGGUGAGGGUCGUGCCGACGCACGUCGACAUGGACUUCGCGAUGGAGGUGCCCAAGAUCAGCUGCGCGGACGACACGGACUUGCCGGUCAAGAUGGCGUUCGUGUUCGAGGGCGAGGCGAGGGGGGCACUGAAGAAGUCGGCGUCGGAUUCGCGCCGGCAUGAGCCGGCGUCGCCGGCCAAGACGGCGUCCGCGUUCGACGGCGAGCCGAGGGGGAUCCUGAAGAAGUCGGCGUCGGCGUCGCAGCGGCAGGACUCGGCCCCCAGGACGCUGUCCGCGUCGCAGCGGCACGUGAGGUUCUCGACGGCCGCGGCGCCUCCGGCGUCGUGCCCGACGUCGCCGUGCAUCACGCCGCGGCUGGCGAUGGCCAGGGCCGAGUUCAACGCCUUCUUGGAGGCGCAGAGCGCGUAGAUAAUUCGCCAUGCACGGUGCAUGCCUGUUUUUUUUUCUCUUGGAUUUGCUUCGUGCUUGUUCGCGAGCGGCAGCUGCGCGCUCGAGAUUGCUAGACGCUUCCGGCGUGUUCUAUUUUUUGUUCGAUUGUCCAUAUUCCAAUCGACCAAUUCCCGACGACUUGGGGUUUUUACGAUAGAUUGAGACAGAUGUGUGUUCCACAUCGAUCUUGUCAUGCCGUGUGAAAAUCAGCUGUUGUUAGAAUGUGAUUGAAAACCGUAAAAAGGUAAUCAAAUGGC